CGUCCAUCCAAAAUUUGCAUUUUAUGUGUCUGCAUUUUCUCAUUAUAAUUUAAUGAUUAUAAACUUUAUUUUGUAUUUUAUUGAUUUCUGUUUGGUUCUUGGACAUUUCAUACUUUAUAUUUCACCAUCCAGUGAGUAUUAAGGAUAGUAUUAGCUUCAAAGUCAUUGAAUAACAUUUUUAGUAUCGAGGCCACUAACGUUCGCUUGAAAAAAAUUGUGGCCGCCAUUACUCUGCAGCCUGAUAACGAUUACGUGCGAAUUAGAUUAGCUACGUUGGUGGCACAGUGUUGAAAAUUUUCGCUUUUUGCGCUAAUAUUUUAUUAUUAAGUUAAUAACUUUUAACUUUAACACAUUGAGAUUAAGAGACAUUUAUUUACAAAGUGAUUACUGCUUGUCAUGUUAUUUAUAAUUAGUUAAAAUAAUUGACAUUUGUUAAAAUGUGUGUAAUAGUAAUAAUAUAUAGAAUGUGCACAUUUUUUUUACUGAGUAAAACAUGCACUUUAACUUUUAACUUCAAUGUUAACAGUACAGUACAAUCAGUACAGUUACAGUGAAACAUUGUUGUAGGUCUUUAGUACUCUUUAGAUUAGUGACAUUCAUUGUGAGGAUUAGUGAAUUAGUGGUACUUACACUUACACUUCGGACACUGUGUACUGAGCUGUACUCCCCUUUUGUAGGGUCUAUGGCAUAGUGUAUACCUAUUAAUUAAUAAUAAAUAUUUAGGCAGGCUUAAAAUUAAGGUAUUCAGUUUAUUUAUACAAUAUAAAACAGAUUAAUGGGCCAAGGACCAACUAACAUAACUAAAAGAAAAGCUUAGCUGUAGGCACUGUAGCAGAUGAAUGCCUUAUAUAUUAAUACAAUAUGUUAAUAUUAUACUUAUAAUAAGGCGUUCAAAUUUUAAGGUUUACUUCCCUAUUUCCGGCUAGGGCUAAGGACAAUUAUUAAAAUUAUUAUUUUUGAAAAAAAUAUUAGUUGAGGAGAAAAAUAUGAUAUGAAUAAGUAUCAAUUUCAGUAAUAAUCACAUCAACAUGAUAUUUCAUAUUAUUAUAUCAUUAUUAUUCAUUAUAAUUAAAAAUUAAAUAUAUUAUUUAUUCUAGUACACUUCAUGCGUUGAAACUUUUUGAAAAAUUACAUUAUUGAAAUGGUGUAGCAGAGUACCUGGCUCAAUAACGAUGGAUACAGGUAGCUGUCUGUCUUAAUCAUAUAAGGUAUCUUGAGCGUCACUCAAUAGUACUGAUAUUUAGUAUCAUUAUAAUGAAUUUAUUGACAGUUUCAUGUUUACUUACCAUUGUUACAUAGGUGCCUCACACAUUGGGCUUGGCAUUGCAACAUUUUGACCAGCAGAUGCUGCAUUCAAUGUAGAAUAGCAGAAUACUUCAGAAGCUCAAUUUACUUGGCUGACAAUGGAGCAAACUAUUACCAUGAUGUCUGAAGAAGAAAUCCCAGAAGUUGGUCCUAAUGACAUUGUCAUUCAUUUGGUUAAUCCUUAUAAGUGUGGUCUUUGUGAAUUGGAAUUUUUGGAAAAGUCUGUGUUUAAGGUAAUUGUUUGUUGUUGAAAUUGAAAGGACAUGUUUUGUCAGAUGAUUCACUUAUUUUUUAAUGGCAAAAUAUAGUUUUCAUAAAUAUUUUUAAUCAUUUAUAUAUUUUUUUAACUUAAAAGAAAUAAGAAAGGAAUGCAAGAUAAAUAAUUAUAAUUUUCCUCGAUAUAAAUUUAGUUUUAUUAGUGAAAAUUCAAUGAGGUUUGUGUACAUAUAUAUUAUAUACUGGUAUAUAUAUAUAUAUUAUACAUAUUUACUUACCGGCUACUUUUUAAUUUAUAGUUCAAAUGGUCAAUUAAUGUAAAAAUUGAUAACUCUUAAUUUGCUUUUUAAUCGAUUGAUCUAAUUUGAUUUGGACUAUUGACGGCUGCUACUAUAAAAUAAAUAAAGAUUGUUUUCCUUCUGUCACUCAUAGGAGCAUAUGUUCUCACAUUUGGAGCAAAUCAAACAGGAACGUCCAAGUUCUCAAAUAGUCAUGAGCAUUACCUUACCCCCUGAGACUCCAGGUGGUGUAACAGUCACAAGAGAUAUCUUGCAGCUUGGAGAGGAUGGCUCAAUAAAGCAAGUCUUACAGGUUUGUUGAUAGUUUGAAACUUUCACUUCACUUCUCAAAAUGUGGAGGACAAGUUGUGUGAAUUAAAUUGAUUUCCUGAGAUAUGAUUUCUGAGUGUUCACAUUUUACUUUUAAACACUUACUUAAACUGUGACUUAUCAUCAAAUGUAACAUAACUUUUUAAGUUUAAGGAUCUACCUUAAAAGUCAAUUGAUAAAAUGUGUUUAAAUAUUGUCACUGUAACUCUCUAUUGUCUAAAACCAAUUGUCUGUUGUUUUUAAACAUUUAUUAAGAUUUAGAACUUUUCCUUGUCUUUAAAAAUAUUUUAAAAAUUUCUUUACUGGAAAGUACAUUUUCUGUCACAUGAUCCAGCCAAAUAUUAAAAAGUUCAUUUUAAAGUUAAAAGGUUUAUUGUCUCCUGUAAAAAUUUAGAACACUUGACAUAAAUAUUUAGAGCAGGGGUGUCAAACUCAAUCAUUCGUUGCGCCAAAAUUUGAAUCACACGUAAGGUUGCGGGCCGAACAGGAUAAACAUUCAAAAGCAGAAAAUUAAACCUUUUUUAAACAUUAAUAUAAAUUAAAACAGAAAAAAUGUUACAUUUGUUAAAAAUCAUUGACAUACCCAUUUUCGCUCUUAUGCCAGUUUGUCAGAGCUGGAUGUUUGGCAUCUUUUCUUGGCUACAAGUUCGUUUAAGUUGGGAGUAACAAUCUGUGUCAUUGAGAUUUUCUCAUGAUGGACUGCAAGUGUUCAUCAGUGAGACGACUGCUCUGUGAUGUUUAAUCUUGAUCACAGAAAACAGCUGCUCACACAUAUAAGUAUUACCCAACAUGCUCAAGGUUCGAGCCGCAUGUAGACGAAGCUGGGGCAUCUAUUCGGGAAUGAACACAGGCCCCACAGUGUCGUACUUUGCCUUUAGUGUCCCAUUACACUGCAAUUCUAUAGCUCCAUCUGGAAAUUUACAAGUGAAGCUGCCACGUCUCUAUGACAAAUGGGUUACGAAACAGCUCAAAAUUACUUUUCUGUGCUUCAAAGUCACUAAAGCGCCAUGGGAACUCUGCGCGAAGUAAGCUAAGUUUUUCAGCAGAAUGUGCAUUGAGAAACACCAUAGCCUUGACUCGGUUCAACUUUGCUUGGCAACAAGAAAAGUGAGACAAGUUGCAUUGGUGCAUUUGUGUGUCACAUAAGCGCAGCUUCACUUGAAAUGCCUUCACGGCAUCAUGCAUAUCAGUGGUAUCGUCCCUGGAGCUGCAGGUUCAAGUUAUUGAGAUUAGUGGUUAUGUCAGACAGAAACCCCAACUCACAUUUCCACUUUUUAUUCCGAAAAACUGUGGAGUCAUUUCCUUUGCUGUCCAUGAAUUUACAGAUUUCCUCAAUCAGCUGGAAAAAUCUACUAAGAAAUUUUCUUUGACUUAGUCACCGCACAUCUGUAUGAUAGGGCAUGUCGCAAAAAAGACUGAAAUGAGCGGUGAUUUAAAACUUUAAUCAUGCAACGCAUCAGAAAGUCUCCUGUAGGGCAUGUCGCAAAAAAGACUGAAAUGAGCGGUGAUUUAAAACUUUAAUCAUGCAACGCAUCAGAAAGUCUCCUGUAAAUUGGCCGGCCUGAUUUUGCGAUCUUUCACAGCAGCUUCAGUUUGUGAUUUUCGUUUGGUGAAAAACAUCUGCUGUGGUAUUCCUCUUCAACUCCUCUACCUUCUGUCACUUCUUCUCUGCAUUCAGGCUUUUUAACUCGUCUGGAUGUUUAGUCUCAACUCAACUAGAAUUAUACAAAAGGGAAUCAGCCAGCAACGUUGAUAUAAAUCAGCAAUGGGAAAAGAUGAAGCAUAUAGUAAAAAGUGUAACAGAGGAAACGAUUGGAUUUAAGCCCGUAGUGAAAAGAACAGGAUUGUAUGACACAGAAUGCAAAGAACUUAUAGAACAAAGGAACAAGUAUCGGCUAAUAAUGCUGCAAAGGGAGACAAGAGGAACAUGGCAAUUAUUUAAUGAAGCAAGAAGGGUGGCUAACAAAAUUUGCAGAAACAAAAAACAUGCUUGGGAAAAAUAAAAAAUAGUAGAAAUUGAAGAGUUGGCAAAAGAAAGAGAUGUGAGGGGAAUGUACCUGAAGAUAAAGCAGGAAAAGAAUGGCUUUCAAGGAAGAUCCCACAUGUGUGAAAGUACGGAUGGAGAAUUAAUCACAGAGAGCAGUAGAGUACUAGAGAGAUGGGCACAGAGAGCAGUAGAGUACUAGAGAGAUGGGCACAACACUUUGCAGGCUUACUGAAUGGCUCAGGUGGAGGAACCAAUGAGCAUUACGCUCUACCACAAGGAGGACAGGACCCACUGAUCAACCAACCGACAUUAAAUGAAAUAAAAGAUGUGAUUUUCACCAUGAAAAAUAACAAAGCCCCAGGAAUAGACCUUAUCACUGCAGAACUGAUAAAGCUAAGUGGUAACGAACUGCAAAGGCAAAUACACGACCUCAUAACCAGAAUCUGGCGGGAGGAAGAAAUGCCAAUAGAAUGGGACACUGCACUCAUAAUCCCUAUUCACAAAAAAGGAUCGAAGCUGGUCCACUCAAACUACAGAGGAAUCUCCCUCCUUAAGUUAAUGUAAUGUACAAAAUCCUCACAAAACUUAAGCAAGAAAACUGGAAAGAUAUAGUGAACAGACCCUAAGGGAUUACCAAUGCAGAUUCAGACAGAAUAGGUCAACCACGGAUCAUAUUUUUCUACUGUUAGAUGUCUCUUGUAGAGAUGUUACGAAUAUAACAUAGACAUACACCACUAUACAUGAUCUACAAAACAGCAUUUGAUAGCGUAGACAGGAAUUACUUAUACAAUGCUCUACAAGAACUUUGAGUCCCUAACAAGCUUACUCAGCUUAUACAUAUGACGAUGGCUAACUCCAAAAGUAGAAUCAAAGUGCAGGGAGAGUACUCAAAGGUGUUCCCAGUCAAUCAGGGCCUCAGGCAAAGAGACUCGCUAUCAUGUAUCCUGUUUAACAUCACACUAGAAAAAGUUAUUAGAAGCAUACACGUGAGCACCAGUGGAACCAUAACAAGCUACUUCCAGAGAGGUAUUACAGAACAACAACUAUCAGGAACCUUUUAUAGCCAGCCAUUGCAGUACCUGGCAUACAAAGGCAAUAUAGCGCUACUGGGUAGAAACAGGAAUGACAUAAUUAAAGUUUCACGGAACUUGAACAUGCCUCAGUCUAAGCUGGUCUUGAAGUAAAUGAAACGAAGACAAAAUAUAUGACAAUGUCACGAAACUCCCACACUGAUGACAACAUCUAUAUACUAUAAAAGAGCACAAUGAAAUAAAGUCAGAGGUGAAAGAAAGGAUCGCAGCUGACAACCGUUCCUAUUUCAACCUACAAAAGCUACUGGGAAGCAAAAACCCCUCAAGGGGAACAGAAAAGACAAUAUACACUUCUAUCAUAAGACCAGUAGUAACUUACGCUAAUGAGACUUGGACUCUUACCAAAAAAGCAGAGAACCUUCUCAAUACAUGGGAGAGGAAAAUCCUCAGAAAAAUAUACGGCCCAAUGAUGUAAAAUGAUAUUUGGAGAAUCCGUACAAACCAAGAGCUAUACCAAUUGUUCAAAGACCCACCCAUAGUCGCAACAAUAACAAAAGGCAGACUGUGCUGGGCAGGACAUAUUGAAAGGAUGCCAAAAUGUAGAGCAGCAAAGGUGAUAUACAGGCAGAAACCUAGGGGCAGACGACUCACUGGUCGCCCAAGGCUGUGAUUGAUUGACGAUGUGGAGAGGUAUUUACACCAGUUGGGGGUUCGCACAUGGAGACGGAAGGCCAUGGAUCGAUCCGUAUGGAAGGAUGUGGUGAAGCAGGCCAGGACCCUACAUGGGCUGUAUCGCCACUAAUGAUGAUGAUGUUUAGUCUCGUAGUGCCAUCACAGAUUAUAUUCCUUGAUCACAGCCACAUUAUCUCCACCAAUUAGACACACAGGUUUACAGCCAAUAUUGGUAAACAUAUAUUCAGCCUCUCAUCUGCUUAGAAAGGCUGUGGUUUCAGAAUCAACUUUUCCCUUGGCCAUUUAAAGCCAGGUUUGAUUUUUAAAAAAUGAUUGUGCAUCUACCAACAGACAUUUGAUUAAUAUCAUGUUAGCCUUAGCGGGGAAAGGUGAUGUAAUAUCCAGGCACUACACUACUAUCAUUUCUUAUGUGCCAAUCCAAAACCAGCAACUGAACGUUGCUAGGUUACUGUAAUGACAAACAUCCAUUCACUAGACAACUUUAAUUUUUGCUUUUUCGGAUUGAAGCGAGAACGCUCUCAGGUAGCCUACCAUUCGGCACGGCUGCUAAUUAGGGAAUUUGAUUUGCACUUUAUAUCACAAGACCAUUAAAUAAUAUUUUUGCCUAUAAUUAUGUCUCAGGCCUGAUACUAAUAUUAUUGUACAGCGGGCCAGAUUUGGCCCGCAAGCCUUGAGUUUGACACAUAUGGUUUAGAGAGUUACAGCAACAAUAUAUUAUAAGCUGCACAUUUUAUACAAACAUGUUAACUUUUUACGAAAUUUUUUGAAGUGUAUCUUUCAAUACAGAGAAGGUUUAAGUUUAUUUGAAGCAAUUUUUAAUUCUUAGAACAAUUUAUUUUUAUUUACAUUUACCUCAUAAAAAGAAAAUUUUUCAAACCACUAAAUGAAAUAUUUCUCACUUCCAAUAGCCAACUCACAACAUGACCUUGAAUCAAGUUUCACCCCUAAGAGAGUUAGAAGAGGCAGGAGUUAUCAAACUAGAUUUUCCCAAACCACCUGAAGUGAUAGCAUCAAAAAGGAUACCAGUACCAGUACAAAGGUCCACUAGCACUGUUACACACAUAAAUAUUGCUCCACAAACACAACCUCUAGAACUGAUUCAAGAUGGCUUCAGCUCUGUUGUUAGCACUACUGGAAUGGAAGAUUUAUUGAAACAAACUAAAGCAGAUGUUGAAGGAAACUCCGAAGUGUCAGAAAUAGGUGAAACUACUGAGGGUUUUCUUAGUUUUGCAUUUAAAGGCCCCAAUGAUGAAAUGCAGCAUAUUCAGAUUAUAAGACCAGAAGGUGCAAAAGCUGUGGACAUGAUGUUAGAACUAACUAAUGCACAAGGGGCCAAACCAGGUAGUCGUGGAAAUGGUAACAAAAACAACAUUUGUGACAUUUGUGGGAAAGUUUUGUCCAGCUCCACAAAUCUACUUAGACACAAAAUGUAUCACAGUGCUGAACGUCCGUUUGUUUGUGAGGUAUGUAAUAAAGGAUUUAAAGAUGUUUGCAAUCUGAAAAAGCAUACGAUGAUACAUAAAAGAAUUUUUCCAUGCUACUUGUGUAAAAAAUCUUUCUUACGCAAGUCUCUUUUGGCUUUACAUUUACGACGUCAUGAGGCUCGAACUGCUCUUGUAAAAACUGGAAAUAGCAUGAAAGAGGUCACAAUGAGGACUUUCGUUGAUGAAGACGGGACCAGGGUGGAGGAGAUGAGUAUGGCGGCUCUUGGGGGUCAGACUUUUGAAUACAAGCAGCGAAUUGUUAAAGCUGAUCCUGGAGAAAUUGACAGGCAGGUAAAAAAAGAAAUUGAAGCAGAAAUCAAAGAACUUGCAGAAGCUGUAACUUCAACUGAAGGAGACACAACUCCACCUCUGACAGUUGAGGAUUCAACUGAAAAAAAAACAACCACUCAGAAAACUGUGUUCAUGGUCACCUCCAAUGGAUUACAGGAAACUGUUAUUGACCAAAGUACGAGCACGGAUGAUAAUUCUCUACUUAGAAACUCUGGUAAUUCUUCUGCUGAACCCGUUGAUGCAGAUGAUAUGCCUGACUUGAAAAUUCCAGUCGUUCCUGAAGAGUUUGUUAAAAUGUACCAGUGUGGACAUUGUGGAAAACGGACUGUGCAGCGAGGGAAUAUGAUGAGACACUUGAUUCACCAUUUGAAAGAGAAACCUUUUGCCUGCGAUGAGUGUCCAAAGCAGUUUGUGGACAAAGGAGAAUUGGUCAAGCAUAAGAAGACCCACUCUAAGCCCUAUAGAUGCCCACAAUGUAAUGGAGCUUUUGCUCAUAAUGCACAACUGCUGAAGCACCUACAAGGAGCCUGUUUGGGAAGCAUGGAGACACUCAACUAUACUGUUAUGGAAGAUGGUAAAACUUACCGUUGUGAUAUCUGCCGAAUUGAAAUGAAAAGACUGGGCAACAUGAUUAAACAUGUUGGAACUCAUAGUAGGAAAUCAUCUUGGAACAGGAAUCCAGGAUUGGCACAGAAGAAAAUCAACUUUUUAAAAUCUGCUUCAGGUGAAACCUCCUUAAAGAAACCUGAUGCUGCUUAUUAUUAUGACUCGAGUCGUAGGGCAUAUUUUUGUGGCUUCUGCUCCAAAUCCUUUUCUUUAAAACUUCAUGUACAGCAGCAUGUACGAGUUCACACAAAUGACAAGCCUUUUCCUUGCCCCGACUGCAAAAGAUGGUUUCCUUGUGCGGCCACACUUAAGAGGCAUUUACAAGUUCACACGAAGCCAUUUAAGUGUGAGAAAUGUCCUUCUGCUUUCUCACGAAAACUUUUCUUGGAUUCCCACAAGAAAAAGCACAAUGAAAAAGAGCGGGUGGAAGAAACACUGGAUUAUGGCCUUAUGGAUGACAAAUCAGGCUAUUUCUGUAAACACUGUGAGAAAAAACUUCAGAAUAAAUACAGAAUGAUGAGUCACGUCAGAGGCCACCUCAACAAACGCCCAUUUGAAUGCAUGACCUGCAAUAAGUGUUUUAGUCAUCAGUACAUGUUAAUGAAUCACAAGAAAAUACACACAAAGCCAUUUGUCUGCAAAGUGUGUGGGGAAACAUUCAGCAGAAAGUUCUUUUUGAUUGUUCAUAAAAAGAAAACACACAGCAUUAAGAAAGAGGAAGUAAUUGAGGAGGCAAUGGAAACUUUUGACGAAGAUGACUCAGUUUCAGAAGAUAGACAGGUUUUCCCAUGCUCAAUUUGUGGUGCUCCAUUUGCAAGGCUUGUCAUAAAAAUGAAUCACGAAAAGAAGUGCUCGGAAGAGAGUAAAGUCAUGAUGAGGCUCCCAGAGGGCAAAGGUUUUAAGUGUAAAAUAUGUGGUAAAAUUGCAAGUCUGAAGCAUAAUCUGAUGGUUCAUAUUCGCAAACACACAGAUAUUGUUAUAUUAGACAAUGGUGGCCGAAUAACAGUUAUAGAUGAAACCUUUGCCCAGGUCAAUGAAUCAAUCAAAUCGGCCACCUCUGGAGAUGACAGCCUAACUGGACAUGAGAACAAAGCUCCGGAGAAAUCAAGAAAAGCCAGUUUAUCAGUUGUGAAAAGAAGAGGAAGCAAUGCUUUGAAAUUUGACUCUGAUAGUGAAGAAUUUAUAGGAGAUGAAGCAUUUGAUGAAGAAGCUGAUUUUGCAAGCAAUAAAGAUGGUAAAUUCAAAAGGACACCUGGUGGCUUUAUUUGUCUGGACUGUCGACGAAAAUUUACUGACCUUGACACCUUAGUUAGGCACUUAGAGGAUGCCCAUGGAGAAAAUGUAAAGCAUGAAAAAGUCCCAAAUGAUAAUGAUGCAACAGGAGAGAAGAAUAAACCUCAGGAUGAAGCUGUUAAAGAAAAGGACAAUGAGAAAAACAGAGCUAUAGAUGAGGAACCCACAAAAGCAACUCCCAUUUCAAAGGUGGGUAGGAAGUCACUGAAACGAAAACAUGGAAAGUCAGAAGGUAGUGGUAGACCCUUAAAUUUAAAUGAAAAGUAUCCUUCAAGGAAUAUGAAAUCCCCAAAACAGUCAGCCACCAGUACCGGUACUCCAACUUCAAACAUUAAGCUUGAAAAGAAUGAAACUCUAGAUGAGACGUUAACAAAAAGUUUAAAUCGUCCUUCAAGAAUUCAAAAAAUGCCUUCUCGAUUUCUGGAGUAGUCCUGUUUGAUCUUAAAACUACAGCAGCGAAAGAUCAUUUGAUUUCAACUGGCAUUUGAAAACUUGCUUGUGGAAAUUUCGGCAACAUUAAAGGACCUGCCUGGUGCUUGUAUGGAGUUAAGUUCAUUUUUAAAGACUUUCUUUCUACUCAGAAAUCCAUGGGUUUAUCUAUAAGUUUGUAGCAUAAUUUUGUGUUGUGGCAUGAGCCAUCGCGUUGUCGAUGCAGUCUUCCUCGUUCUGACCUUAAGGUCACAUCUGAGAUGACACAGCGUUACAGCUCCAGUGUGCUGUGUCGAGGAAGGGGUUGAGGUGGUGAGUGAUUUAAAAAAACAACCCUACUUUCGCUUACAAUAACCAUUGGACCUAACUGUAUGAGUUUGGGAUGGCAGGGGGGGGAAGGUGCUGGGGCAAGGCAUUUCGGCAAUAAGAUUCUGAUCAACUGACGUCAAGGCAAUCAGUGGUUAAAUUUUACUUUUUAGUUUUAUGUCUGGGUAAAGAGCUAAG